CCGGAGAUCUCCUAUUCAACUUUGAUUCAACGAGUCACGUUUCCCAGCGACACAAACAGCGAUCAACGUCAGGGAGCGCUGCUGACGCCUCUACCAACACUAGGCGACGAUCCGCGGCUGUACCAAAAGCGCAAAGAAGCCUUCCAAGGAACGCAUACUGUGAAACUCAUUUGAACCUGACACUGAGUCUGACUCUUCGGACACAUGGACACUCUUGUGCAAUACUGCGUGCGAGAACUUUGUUUUGAGGGCGACUACGGCUGUUCCAUUUCUCGAUUUAAGACUAUUGUUCAAGAGCACUACGACGCACAAAAUAUUAGCACCUCCGACCAGCUGAUCGACGAUAAUUUUAUUCAGUAUAUAUCCUCCCUUGUAAUACGUACUGGACAGGUCUCCAUAGGCCUCUGUCCUCCUCAAGUUCCGCAAGUCUUCGUUGCUCCCAAUCCGAUGACCUCCGCCAGAAAGCGUAAGAGGAAUAAAUCUAUUGAUUCGGAAGAAAACCAGGACGAAGGCUCCUCUCAGAGCACCUGCCCAUUGCAGCCAAUCGGUGGGGAUGGAAAGUCCGCGCCUUUAUUAGACCUCUGUACUGCGUAUGACUCUACUCUGCGCAUUGCAGCCAACCCUUCAACAAUUUUCCGGACUUUGACAGGAUCUCAUGCGAGACCCUCGAAGAUGACAGACAUGGCAUACACGGUGCUCAAGCUGGUUGCUUGCGGUCGAAACGAAGGCUGUACGGUUGAUGAGAUGGCCAAAACCGCCAAAUACUCAUCCGGAUCGAUGUUCCACCUUGUCAAAUCCCUGGAGGAACUCGAACUAGUGCACAAGAUCCGCAGUUCUGGGAUUUCCAAGAAUCGUGUUGUUCAUCGCUACUUUUGGGAACAUAGCGAAGUGUGGCAAAAAAUGGUUGCUGAGGAGAGACAACUACAGUCUAUCGCGAUAGAAGUUCAGAGCGGCCCUUCUCAGAACGAACUUGCCAUUGCCUCCGCCGUUUAUGGGACCCACGAAGAGGAGCUGGUGGAUGAAGAGGAAAAAUCCCAACAUGAUAUCGAUGAAGCUGUCAAAGAGGCUCAAUCCUUGGAAUUUGAGCCUUUGGAUCCUCUGACACUCGGAAGCUUCCCAUUAGUUGCUGCGCGUGUCAAAAAGUUGCUGGGAAACUGUGCCAACAACACUCAUGCUUACACAAAUGCAUUGCUCGCCAUUGGAUGUCAGAACCCUACUCGCGCGGAUCGACGACUUUUCCGGCGCCAAAUCAUUAACAUGGAACGCCGCGGGCUUAUUGAACGAGUGUUUGUGCCGUCAAAAAAGGUUCGAAAUAAGAUGAUCAUUUGCAUUCGCCCCACCGUAGGUGGGCAACUUGUCCAGGGAAGAUCCCAUAAAGAUGAGGUUCCGGAGACGUUGGCAAAGUGGAAUGUCACUAUUCAUCGCCAGCUAACUGAAAUUGCGGAUACUUUAUCCCAACGUGGUAAGACGCACAAUGAAAUGACGGCGCUCCUCGGUCAGUUCGAUGUGCGUACAAUCGAACAUCUCAUGAAGAAGAAUGAGGAACAUCCAGUGCCCCAUCAUCUCCGCCAUUUCGCUAUCGUCUCCGAAGUCAUGCAUUAUGGGCGCGAAUGCCGCACGGAAUACUGGACAAAAUCGGUUCUUCAGCGCUCACAACUUGAUCCAAAUGCUGUCACUGAGAAACUCAGAAAUAUUUUGGCUGAGGACUUGUCUGACGCGGCAAGUUUUGGAGAAUUCCUCGAAGAAGAAUUUUACGAUGGGGAUGUUGACACCCUGGCAACAUACGUCGACAAUUUCUGUCGCCCCACAAUGAAGCGAGAUCGUAGGACCAGUCUUAAAGCAGAUGGGACUCCUCGUAAUCGGAAUCCAAUACUGCCCGAUGGGACUGUCAAGAAAGGCCGCCCACGAAAGGAGUGGAGUGUGCCAGAAAAGAAGACUAACGCUAUUCGAAAUAUUCCAUCAGUGGCACCAAAGAAACAUGGCAGGCCACCAAAGGACAGGAAUUUGGCGCAGGAUCCUCAGAACCCACCUGCCGCUACGCAUGAAACAACACGAGGCGGAGAUCUAACCUUAGGUCGGGGCAGACGAAACAGAGCCGCGAGACAGAACCCAGAAAGAGUGACUGAGGCGGACAAUUCUUCUGCCGGUGUUGGCAGUAUGGGGGUUUCUCCAUCCCAAAUUUCAACGAAGGGACAGGAUAAGCUCAGUGGUAGACCGCCUAAAGUCAAGGACCCAGAGGGUACUUCCAAUAAUGGAAAUCCUGUCAAUUCGACGUUAAUUGGUGGUGGCUUUCCCGAACAAUCGAUUCUUAUCAAUGACCAACGUCCUGGGAUAAUCGAGGACCCUAUGUUGAAAUUAACGAGGAAAGCCACAAAGCGUCCUGCGAUAGCAGGUUUAUCUGAAAAAAAUCCAACUAAACGUCGUAAGACGACAAAUGUUGAAUCUGGGGUUUCUCGUCCCCCUCAAACAGUGCGUCCCCAUCCGCAGAUCAGCACAACCCGAAAGCAACCAAAGCGCACUCUCGGAAAGGGAUGCCAAUCUUACGGCUUUGCGUCGACAGGAAGAACUCCUGACAGUUCUUCAGGAUCUUGGGGGAUCGCACAUUUGUCGGAGAAUCGAAUAUACGAACAGUUCCAAAAGGUCAUCAAAAGGAGGAUCGCGGAUGGCGUAGUCACGAGCACUCCGGAAGGGAUGUCUUUAGAUCCGCGGACCCUGAGUAAGACAAUGAACAGUCUCAGCGACCGAGGGCGAGUUGUUCUGAAACGAGUGGUCUUACCGACCAAGAGAGGCACUACCGACAAAUUCACAAUUGUCCAUCUAAUCAGCACAGAGCUUGAAGAUGUCAACAAAUUUAUCACUUCCCUUGGAAGUUCAUCUCACCCAAGUCAACCCGCCCUUCCGAGAUUAGGUACUUCUAUUGACUACGACGAAACCAAAAUUAGUCACGAUGGAACAAAGGAAAAAUCCGAGUCGAUGCUAAAAGCAAUCAGAGAUGGAACUAGCGAUCCUCGAAAAAUACGCCAAGAUAUCUUUGGCGAGCGUCGUGUCAUCGAUCAAAGCUUAGGAUUCCUCGUGGGCCGAUUCGCUCGCGCUCGCGAAUUACAUCUAUUCGUGUCUAAUCAGAUAGACUUGUUGGGGGCCGGAGGAAAUGCACUUCACAUCGUGUCCGCUAAUCCUCCCGUUUUUUCCACUCGUUAUUUAUGGGAAGGCAUCCCAAUUGGGACUUAUUGUGCGCUGGUACCACCUUCCAAGGUUCACGACGAAGUGGUUGCAUUUAUGGCCGACCCUCAGCAUAAGUGGACUCCGUGUUCAGAGGUUUCCCCGAGUGUUACGCGGCUUCUCGGAAUCGGGAACAGCAAAUGCCGAAAAUACAUCACGGACACGCUUGGUCGACUGAGAGAACUUGGCGUUGUCACCCCCCUCGUUGCGUCUAGCUCGGCGGAGCCCUUCAUUACCACUCCGAACUCCUCCCAACCCACUUCUUUUGAUGUGGAACCAGAUACUUCGGGGUUCAUCUCUUAUUGGACAUUCACUCCUUCGGCUCCCAUUUGGCUUUUCAGAGAUGCUGAAAACGGCUCCCCGCACAAAUUAGAUCAACCAAUGCGAACCAUGGAACAAAGGACGCAGUACUGGCAAUUAUUGUAUGAUGCCUCUAUUUCCUCAUCCCCAGCCCCAACACGCCCCAUCUCCUUGCCUCGUGCCCUCUUCCAAGGCGAUCCUUCUAUUGCUUUCCAUAUUCGACGGCCAAUCUCGUGGAGCGCUUCCUAUGUGCUGGCGAAAUUGCAGCGCGAUUUCCUUUCGUCGUGCUUGGAUAUCAAUACUUGUGCGUAUGAUGAGUCUGAUCUUACCUUCUGGAAAGAGAUGACCGGGGCACCGCUGUACGCCAUCAACUCUUUCAUGGAGGAGGAGCAGAGGAGGUUGCGGAACGAAAAACAGCGAUUACUUGGUCAGACUAAACCUCGUCGUGAGCCGGGUAAGGUCUUGUCCCUGAAGAUUGCCGAGACGAAACAGCGGUUGGAGAAGGAAUGGGAGGAACUGUUAGAUUCAAUAUAUCGAGGGCCGAUCCCUGAUGAAAAACGAAGAAGCUUAACACAGUGGCGCGAGGCCUUUACCAACUCUGGGGGGCUUUCUGGCUUGAAGAGGAAUACAUCGAUCGUCAGAGGAAUCGAGAAUGUUCUCAACAUCAACAAACCUCUGGUCAUGAAGGAGCUGAUAACUAAAUUCAAGUCUCGCCAAACCAUCCGGCCCCUACUUCGAAAAGGUCCGGCUCAGAAAAAGGAAGAAAGAAGAGAAGAGAACACUAGCGCAGUUCCGAAGGCUCGACGACGUUUCGGUUGGAACGACGACUUCGACGAGCUCGCUCGAGACGCUGGCGCCAUCAUCAGAGCUCGCUGCCGCCGCCUCUCGAAACCAGUUUGGGGAGCACUCUCACAGGUAUUUCCUACUAUCUCUCGUCACAGUGCACGUAUGCGCGUUUCCAAAGUCCUUGGAGGAGGACAUGCUGCGUACGCCAAGAGGCUGGAAGCUCAAUGGAUGGACCUGUGGUUGAAGUUUCGUGGAUCGACAGACCUUCCUGAUGACCAUCCCGAUGACCCCGUAAAUUUUGACUUGCUAACGCAUGUCGACUUCUUAAGAAGAUACAUAGACAAGGGUAAACUUCGGGCCGGAGUUAUUGACCGAGAGACCAAGCUGUUCGGUGCAACACUUCCGAAAAGCAUUUGCCUGAUUGCCCAGCGGUUCGGAUACACGGACGAUUCCCGAUCUUAUGAUCCAAAGUUCGAUUACUUCCUCACCACCGUUGGAGAUGAAGUUCGUGAAAACGCUCUUUGUUCCGACCCAUUCGUCAUGAGGUCUGCCAGCGAUGCCCCUUCUACAGGGGGUCCGAGAAUCAGGGGGCUUACUCAGGCAGCAAUCAAGAUGACUGUAUCCACACCCGAGAACAUUUACGACGAUAAACUUGCAGUGGCACUCCUACGACAGCUUGGGGACACAGAAGUUGCCGAAGCUAACGAAGCUCUUCGUACGGAAGAUGUUCUCGCACUCUCCAAUCAUGACCCAUCACACCCUAAGCCGGGGCGCGGAUACCGUUAUCACGACGCAAUGAGUUCGGCAAUUUUUGGUGUAUUCCCCAAUAAGGUGUAUCGGGACGCCAUCGUGUUGGAAGAAGAUUUGCUUGCAAAUGAUGAAAAUAGCUGGAAUGAAUGGCCCUUGCUUGCCUCUGACGGCACCACUGCUGCAUUGUUAGGUUUGGUUUCCGAUGAAAAGGUCGAGCUUGAGGUGGAACCCCCUUCGCUUGAAGAAAUCAAGGAUAUGGUGGCGGGAAACAGCAAGAAAAUUGGUUCGCAACCGCAAGGAUCACAACCUUCAUUUGAGUUAACAUUUGAAAUAGAUGAUGACCACAUUGAACCGAUGCUUACCUAUCGGGUCAGUGAGGACACUCACGAUCCGUCCUUCUCUGUAUCGCCCAGCGUGUCACCAGCUUACAAGACCUCGGAGUUGCCGUCUAUAGGGAACCCGACUGGCGCCUUAGGGCAUAGCAUAACAUUUGAUGCUGCAUGUGGGCCUCAUCCAUGCGUUGCCAAGGCUGCUGUGGACUGUGAAGCCUGCAUAUUACGCUCUUCGGAAAGGUUGUUUGCCAACUCAGCAUUAUCUGACGAGCUCCAUCAGGUAUUGGAUGCUGUGAGGGAUGCAGGAGAAGCUGGAAUCUCGAAAGAGAAUCUACUUGCUCAAGUACAGGUCCCACGAGAAUUGGUCGAUAUUGCUGCCCAGCUGUCCUUGUCGCGUCCCAGCACCUUCCCGCUUGGGCGGGGUCAACCCAGGGAUCGGCGGAAACCAGAACAGGUUCAUAAAUGUGUUCCCCCGACGAUGGAAGGAUAUACGUGGGCAAACUCUCCAGAACCUGUGGGAUGCAGCGCUAAAGGCGGUGAUGAGUCACAUCUGGCUCCGACCUGGAGUUUCCGAGGCAUGAUAGCCAUUCAUUCUAAGAGGCAUAAUCCUGAUGAUGUACCUUUCGUACAGAUGGACCUCUUCUCCAGGCUUAAAGGUGUCUAUGAUGAACCAGAAAUUCGGGAUGUAUUGAAAACUCUCCUAAACGAUGGGUUCAUCAGGCGACAAUUUGAUGAUGACCUCGAUUCGAAAAUUCUUGGGCUCAAUUCAGACCUGGAAGUAGGCAUCGGCAGUCAACACGAAUCACAAAACACAUACUGGUCACCAGGUAACCUCUUACCGUGGUAUCGGAUCUCUGCGUAG